CUAUAGUAUUUGUUACGUCACUUCCCGGGAGACGUUCAACGACAAGAUAAGCAAUGUAAAUUGCUAUCUGCAAUGUCUUGAAAAUGCCUUAAAUCAUGGGCAGAAACAAAAAAAGACAUCCAAGAUGAUGGAAAAAAUCCGACGGAUGAGUUUUAGCUCCGAAAAAGGACAAAGUGCUGCUCAAAAGAAAUGGAGGACAGCCAUAACGACAGUUCGCCGGGGGAACGCUGUAACAACCCGGCGCCGGUCCAGCGCUGUUGAGGACGACCCGUUUCUGGCAAGAUUUACGGUUACUGGGCGCGCGACCGGCGACGAUGUAGGCGACCACUACUUUAUCGACUUAUUCACGUCAACGUUUUGGAAGGAGUUGGUGAUCAACCCCGCCAAUCCCUCCUACUACUACCUGUCCUUGCUGGUGACGUCAGCUAUCCUCUACAAUCUCAUCGUCGUCAUCCUCAGGGGAAUCUUCUAUGAGAUCAACAAUAUCAGUAUGAUGCACUUUUGGAUGCCUGUCGACUAUCUCUCCGACUUGCUCUACAUGCUGGACAUGUUCUUUAUGAGUCGAAUAGGGUUUUUGGAACAAGGUCUACUUGUACGGGACGUUAAGAGGCUAUCAAAGAAAUAUCGCAGUUCCUGGAUGUUCGCAUUAGACUUUUUGUCUAUCCUGCCGUUAGAGUUUCUUUACAUCAGCGUUGGGUACAACGCAAUGUUACGACUGAACAGGGUUCUGAAGGUGUGGCGGAUGAGAGACUUCUUCAGACUGGCAGAGACACAUACCAAUUCCCCCAACUUGUUCAGGGUGGCUAACCUCAUCUUAAUGAUUAUCGUAAUUAUUCACUGGAACGCAUGCUUCUAUUUCGCUCUAAGUCGACAUUUCGGGUUUGGUACAGACGACUGGGUUUAUCCCGAUACCAACGUCGGCGAUCAAGGCACGUUUAUCAAACAGUAUGUGGUCAGUUUCUACUGGUCAGUAUUGACACUGACAACUAUUGGGGACACCCCCGUGCCCGAGAGGACCCUGUCCUAUGUCUUUUGUAUUGCAUGCUGUCUUAUUGGUGUGUUAAUUUUCGCUACCAUUUUCGGAAACGUCGGUGCAAUGAUCAACGAAAUGAACGCACAGCGCACGGAAUUUCAACAUAAAGUAGACGCCGUAAAACGAUACAUGGAGAUACGAAGGGUUGGUGGAGAGCUCCAGGAGAGAGUAGUUAAGUGGUUUGAUUAUACGUGGAACAACAAACAGUCUGUAGAUGACAAGCAAGCUCUGGAAUUUCUACCGGAAAAGCUCAGAGCUGAAAUAUCUAUACAUGUGCAUUUGGGGACACUCAGAAGAGUAGCAAUUUUUAAGGAUUGUGAGCCGGGAUUACUUGUAGAACUAGUAUUGAAACUGCGAUUACAGGUAUUCAGUCCGGGCGAUUAUAUUUGUCGUAAGGGUGACAUUGGGAAAGAAAUGUACAUAGUAAAACGUGGCAAGCUGCAAGUUGUAUCGGAAGAUGGAAAAACUGUGUUUGUUACACUUAGCGAUGGUUCCGUAUUCGGUGAAAUUAGUGUCUUAAACAUAGCAGGAAACAAAACCGGAAACAGACGGACAGCGAGUGUAAGAAGUAUGGGUUACUCGGACUUAUUCUGUCUUUCUAAGAAUAAUCUUUGGGAAGCUCUGCAAGAGUAUCCCGAAGCAAAGCAAUUACUCAGUGAUAUAGGAAAACAACUCCUACGGAAAGACAAUCUCUUGGACGAAGCGGCAGCAAGGCGAGAGGAACGACGGCGUCAAGACCUUGACAAGAAGAUAGAACUUAUCGGAGACUCUCUUGAGGACCUUAGAGGGGACAUCGGCAACCUCAUGGAGCGGAUCAACGAGAAAGCCAGAGACGAGACAAAUGCCGCCGAAUCUGUCAUCGACAAAGAAAACGCUCAAAACACAACGGGAAACAGACCCGAUUCACCGAUAAAGGAAGAAACAAAGCCGACCUCUGCUGGAAAGAAAGAAACCAAACCUUCUUCGGCUGGAAAGAAAGAAACCAAACCAUCUUCGGCUGGAAAGAAAGAAACAGAACCUUCUUCGGACUGAAAGAAAAAAAAACGCUGUAGUGGAAAAGAAAGACAGAAACACAGUUACCAAUGAUAAAAAGUAACGACAGACGAAUGUAAUAGAAAGUAAGUUGACGAUUUCAAAUACAAUAUACAGUGUCUGCUAGUUGUGAAAACGUCUUCAAACGACUGAAAACCGAUUGGAAAGUUGUAUGGGAGGGCACUGUUGUAUAAUUUAAUAGUUUGUAUACAAAUCAACAAAGGUGUAUCCUUGUUUAUGUAUAACAAUGAGUAUCGCAGUAGAUUAUUAGGUAUCCGCGAUAAUGGUAGCGUUAUAUAAUUGUACUGUUGAUAGAAAAUGUAAAUCGUUUUAAUGUUUUCUCUGUAAUUAUUAGUACAACUAUCAUGUGAAUCAUUGAACGUCUUGUUAUGUAUCGUCAAGUUAAUCUGUCAGAAACUUGUCUGAAUGAACACGUUUACUGGUCUUGUAAUGUAUGCUGUGUAAAUGAAAUGCAAUAAUGUAUAUACUGAAGUUGUAUGUAUCUGAUGUAUUCUAUAAUGCUACUGUCAAGCCGCUGCCAAGCAGUUAUGUGAUUAAACAUGCGUCAUC